CCCCGCCACGCGCAGGGAGCUUCAUGUGCCUGUGUGUUGCAACGAAACGGUUAAAGUCCACAAUCCUAUUACGUCCUGUCCGUUUGGUUACCCUUUAAUUGAUUUAGACAAGUCACGUGGUCGGAGAUCAGUGGAGACAGGACAGAUACAGGAGCUGGACCUCUCCGAACACACAACAUGGACUUCAUGACGGAUCGAGAUGUGCAGAAGUACAUGGAGGAUGGGUACGUGGUUCUGGACGGGCUGCUGACCCCCCAGGAGUGCGAUGAGCUGAGGCAAAGGAUGGCAGAGAUAGUGGAGCACAUGGACAUCCCGCACCACUGCCGCACCACCUUCUCCACCUAUCACGACGAGCAGCUGAAAACACAGAUGCAGGGAAACGCUGACUACUUCAUCACCAGCGGAGACAAGAUCCGCUUCUUCUUUGAGAAAGGAGCUUUUGACGACAAAGGGGAAUUCAUCGUACCCAAGCAGCGGUCGCUGAAUAAAGUCGGACACGCACUACACGCCUACGAGCCAGUGUACAAAAAGGUCACACAUUCACCCAACGUCCAGGGCAUGGCGAAGAAGCUGGGUCUCGUCAGUCCUGUGAUACUGCAAAGCAUGUUCAUAUUCAAGCAACCAGGGAUUGGUGGAGAAGUGACGCCACAUCAAGAUGCCACGUUUUUAUACACGGAGCCCCUGGGCAGAGUUAUGGGGCUGUGGAUCGCCCUGGAAGAUGCGACCGCUAACAAUGGCUGCCUGUGGUUCAUCCCGGGGUCACACAACAGUGGUAUCUCUCGCCGUAUGGUGCGCACACCAAAAGGAACCUUUCCCCUGACGGACUUCAGCGGUCGAGAGCAGACGUACGAUGACGAGAAGUUUGUCGUUGCACCUGUUAAAAAAGGUAAUUCACUGAAGUGGUUGUCGUUCCUGCUCCCACGGGAGGGUGUGCAUCGCAGUGCUGAAACACCUCGGACGACUUCUCGCCACGUCUACACCUUCCACCUGUGCAUGGAAGCACAGACACCCAGCUGGAGCCCCGACAACUGGUUGCAACCCACCGAAGAACUCCCCUUCCCGCCGCUCUACGCUAAAUGAAGAAUGUUGGAGGACAGACACACAACUCUUUAUUUCCUGAAGAAGAACCAACAUGAACAGUUUUAACCACAGAGGAUGUGGUUUGGAUGAAUUCAAAUGUUUUAAAUACAAAAUCAUCUGAGAUCAACUUUCCAUGAAGACAUCACAAAACAUUUAGUUCUACUUUUAUUCAGCAACAUUGUUUGUAAUCUUUUCAAAUUGUGUCAAAACGAGAUGAUUCAUAUAUUUUUCAGACGACAGUAAGCAUUUCUACUUUCAAGUAUGUUCGCGUUAAGACGAAAUGAAUGAUCAACCACAACAUCCAAACCUCGUAUGUUCAUGUUAAAGUGAGGAACCAGAAGGAUGAAUGUCUGCUUCUCACGUGUGUAUUAAACUAAUGCACUAAAUCAGGA